UGGCAGUUCGGGCUCUCGGCCAUUUUUGUUGCGUCAACGUCGAGUGCGGCCAGGGGCCUCCGCUUUCCUAGCAGUCACGCCAGUUGCCUCCGGGAUUCGUCCGUAUCGUGUUGAGCGAGAGACUUGAUCGGCGCGCAGCCGUUUCUCCGUUGAACUGAGAGGGUCGGGCGAGAGAAUACGUGAGGAUUUAGCGAGGCUAGAUCGCCUGGCUAGGCGUAACUAUUAAUCAGUCCGCGAGACGACGAACAAAGAGAGCGUAGGAGACAGAGAGACAGAGAUAGCGCGUUGGGACGCGUCGGGAAAUUUUUUCGCGUGUGUGUGCAAGGGAGAGAGAGAGAGAGAGAGAGAGCGAAAGAGCGAGAGAAAGAGAGAGAGAGAAAGAAGAAGACGAGCUAAAAGGGCUUCAAGCGACAGAGCUGCGAAACCUACGCACCGAGGCGGAGUAAUAUGAGUAAUGCAGCCAACCAGAAUGGAUCAGGUCUAGAGCAGCAGCUAGCUGGUCUGGACUUGCAGGCCUCCCGCCAACCAAGUGGGGGCCGCUACGUUCCACCGCAUCUUCGUCAUAAAGCUGCGAGUAACCCACCCUCGGAUUUAAAUUACGCUUCCAACCCAAGAUCGUUUGGCGACAGAGACAGAGGGGGAGAUCGCGAUCAUGACCGAGAGAGGGACCUUGAUCGGGACCAUGAUCGGGACAGGGGCAGAGGUGGCGGCUAUCGAGACUCGCGGAGUCCUCGCGACGUCGACUUCACGAACUUCGGGAGCUUCGGGCGCAACAGGCGCAGCCAGGAGAAUGGACGGGACUUUAGAUUCCCCAACGAGCGCGAGCGACCAGUUAGCGGCAACGAUCGCUGGCAGGAGCCCAUUAGAAAUGAUCGCUGGCAAGACAACAGAAAUGACAGAAUGGGCGGUGGAAGAUGGGGCGAUGACAGAGGCGGCAGGGGCGGCCGAGGCGAAGUCGACUGGACGAUCCCCACUGCCAGAGACGAGCGAUUGGAGUUGGAGCUGUUUGGCACUGGCAAUACUGGGAUCAAUUUUAGCAAAUACGAGGAUAUCCCAGUUGAGGCUACCGGAGAGAACAUACCACCACACAUCUCAUCUUUUGACGAGGUUAAGCUGACAGAGAUAAUAAAGAAUAGCAUCAUCUUGACAGGAUACGAUAAGCCUACACCGGUACAGAAAUACGCGAUACCGAUCAUCAUCGAACGCCGUGACGUGAUGGCCUGCGCUCAAACCGGCUCCGGUAAAACAGCGGCCUUCCUAGUGCCAAUACUGAAUCAGAUUUACGAGAGCGGGCCGCGACCGCCACCACCGCAAGCGAACUCCUCCGGCAGACGUAAGCAGUAUCCGCUGGGUCUGGUGUUGGCGCCCACGAGAGAACUCGCCACGCAGAUAUACGACGAGGCGCGGAAAUUCGCGUACCGAUCGCGUAUGCGUCCCGCGGUCGUAUACGGCGGUUCCAACAUAGUAGAUCAGAUGCGCGAGUUAGAUCGCGGCUGUCAUCUACUUGUGGCUACGCCCGGGCGUCUGGUGGACAUGUUGGGGCGCGGUAAAAUCGGCUUGCACAAUUGCCGAUUCUUGGUACUGGACGAGGCGGAUCGCAUGUUGGAUAUGGGUUUUGAGCCACAGAUCAGACGCAUCGUCCAGGAGGAUAACAUGCCGCCGACUGGAGAGAGACAGACUCUCAUGUUCUCUGCUACUUUCCCGAAAGAGAUUCAAAUGUUAGCCCGAGAUUUCCUCAGCAACUACAUCUUCUUGGCGGUUGGCCGUGUAGGCUCGACUUCCGAGAAUAUCACGCAGAAGAUUGUAUGGGUGGAGGAACAUGACAAACGUUCAUACCUACUUGAUUUACUGCAGGCUAGCAACUUUUCAGAUCCUACUGCGGAAUCGCUCACCCUAGUGUUCGUGGAGACUAAAAAGGGUGCCGACAUGCUCGAAGAAUACUUGGCCACAAUGGGAUACCCGGUUACUAGUAUUCACGGUGACAGGACUCAGCGCGAACGAGAGGAAGCGCUACGUCGCUUCCGCGCGGGCAAAGCACCGAUUCUAGUCGCUACCGCGGUGGCGGCACGUGGUCUCGACAUACCACAUGUUAAACAUGUCAUUAAUUUUGAUUUACCCGGCGACGUUGAGGAAUAUGUUCAUCGUAUCGGUCGUACCGGUCGUAUGGGCAAUUUAGGUCUGGCUACAUCGUUCUUCAACCAUAAGAAUCAUAACUUGGUACGCGAUUUGGUGUCUCUGCUUAUCGAAGCCAAUCAGGAACUUCCACCUUGGCUGGAUGACAUGUAUACCGACGCGAGAUACGGCGGUGGUGGAUCUCGGCGACCAGGCGGCGGCGGCGGCGGUGGUGGUGGUGGCGGCGGUGGCGGCGGCGGUGGAGGCACCAAGGGCCGCUUCAGUGGCGGCGGCUUUGGUGCGAGAGAUUAUCGUCAACAACCUAGUUCUGGAUCUGGUCGUAGCAAUGGACCGUCUAGACCUGGUUACGGAGGCGGUUAUUCAGGUUACGGAGGUAACUAUAAUUCGUCGUACAAUAAUUCCACUAAUAAUGGCAACAGCGGCCCUGACUGGUGGGGAGCAUGGGACAAGUAGACGAUUAUUUCCAUCUCUAUUUCUACUUCUAUCAUCAUUAUUAUUAUUAUUAUUACUCUACACGCAAAUUCAAUUAUAUGUAAGGAAGCCACGACAUUAUUAUGUCUGAACGCUACACGCACGUGUUUUGCGCGCGUAUACAUGUACACACAUGCGCAGAGUACAGACAGUUUCACGUAUAAUACGUAUUCACGUUUUCGCUCGACUGCCUGUGCACUCCGAGUUUUGUUUUUGAUGAGAAGCAGAAAAAGAAUGCUUAUGUUUAAAUUCCACUUUAUUACUUUGUUCGCGAGCGACAUUGACAAAUCCUGCGUGCAAUUUAGUAUUCGCGCCGGUGGAUCGCCGGAUGUUCUUUCAAAUGUGAAUGAUCUCACCAUAAAAAGUGCGAAAAUCGUAAAUAGGAUUUGUUCGACACUUAUUAGAGAUCCAUCCAACAUUUUAUUGCCGUGCGUGCUGAGGUACACAAGUAGUAUAACCACUAACAAAUCAAAUCGAUAAAAUCGUUAAUCCCAUUCGGAGGGAAUAAUGAUGUAACACAUAGUAGCUAAAGAAACUUAGUAAAAUUUUUUAGAACUCCUGUCGAGAUUAUGGGGGCUCAUCGUAACUUUAUUACAUAUUUACUUUUUUUUUUUCAUAGGAGGUAAACGGUGGGCGUAUCUUCGGUAAUUAUAGCGUAGUAUAAACGUUUGGCACAGGUGUCAAAAACAUUUUAAAUGUACAAGUAUUUUAUUGCCUUUGCUACGUUAAUGGCCAGUAAAAGUCUUGCAAUUUCGUUCAAAUGGAUGGCACAAUUCUUUAUUUGCACGUGCACGUUUAUCGAUACGCCUGAGAUACGCCAAACUACCGUCGCCAUAGAGUACAUGAUGAUUCCUUAUUAAUUUUUUUUCCUUAAUUUGCUGUAGUUCAGCGACGAAUGGUACUUUGUUGUUUUGCCGUCCCCAAAGAGACGAUAUUGCGCCGGCAAUAUCAUAUGGUUUACUUGAAUAAGCCACGUGAAUUUUUCGGGGAUCGACGGUUUUGAUAUUGAGAAAGAAAAUGGCAACACAGGCUACGUCUUAGGAUACCUUUAGAAAUCUCACGUUUUCAUUAUAGCCUGAUAUAUGCAUCGAUAAUUUAGAAAUUUUCACACGAUCUACAGCCGGCAGUUAUUUUCAUAAGUUAAUCUCAUAUAACUUUGGUUGUUACAGUGAGACCUCGAUAUGUACGACGGUUGCGUAAUGUUCAUGAGGAAAGUUUCCGUCGUAAGAUAUUUUUGUCGAAAGGAUCUUCAAUCUUUUUGUUUUGUCAGUCGAACUGUAUCUGCCGUCUCGGCACUGUCUCUCUUCUGCGUUGUAAACGUUCGCAGUAAACCUUAGAUGAGGAAAUCUUUAUAGAUAUUGCCUAUAAGAAAUAUGGAGGUUUCACUGUACAAACGCGGCUAGAAUAUGCUUUAGUGGAAAGAGCAGGUAUAUAUAAAUGUUUUAUGUACCUGAGCUUGAGUAGUUCUACAGACGGAACUGCGUUGAUCCCACGUAGAAGCGUGCUUCUCGAAUAGCAUUUCUAAACGUAACGGAGACGUUGCCCUGCGAAAUUGGUAUGGCGCUUUAUAAAAAAAGAAAAUCUUAGUCUGCAGUACCGAAUGCGAAUGUGUGAGUGCUCAUAUGGAGGAUAAAUUAUAUUGGGACAGAUUAAAAAUACGGUUGCAGUUACAGAGGGGUAUUAAAAACACACAUAAAAAAAACAAACUAAGAGCAGAGGGAGAGAUGCUUUUGCAUUGACAUAGCGGGCUCUAUCCUCAUUAAGGAAAAAAACGGGGAGGGGGGGGGGGAUAGAAAGCCAACAUAAGCCUCUUGAGGGAGACACGGGGUGCACUCAUGUUAUUUUCUAGCUGUAUUUAUCAGUAUGAUAACGCGCGUUAUAUAUAUAAAUACAUAACACUAAAAUAAUUGAAAAACGACUGUGAUAUCGAACGAUCUUGUGACAUUCAAUUUCCACGCGAAUUGAUGAACGAACAAUUAACGGGAUAAAUACAAUAAAUGUGUAUUAAUUAAUCGGUAUUGAAUGUCGGGAAGGUAACUAGCUCAGUUGUUUUUUGAGCUGAGAACAAGAAUAUUAAGUCGUUAACAGUUAACACACACAGAAGACAACGUGGCUGUUGUCCGAUCGGGGAGGGCUGAACGCUAGGCUCUUGCGGUUCCCGGGGGACCUUUCUAGGGCAUUGUUUCUGCUUAAAGUAACGCGCAUUAACGAUAUAUAGGUGACGCGAGCUCGCGAGUCAUUUGCCGGUUCAACGACGGGAUGGUGUUUGGUAGGGCUUUGUAGGAUGUUGAAUAUCGUUUUGUGCUGAAAAAGGAAAAAAAAAUGGAAGCAAAAUCGUCGGGUUCUUGUCUCUAUCUAAUCUACUACGUGAGGGGAAAAAGUACAAAUUCGAUUUGCGUCACAACCGACAGGAUUUUUAGACAUGUCAUACUUAUACCUGUUAUAUUACUAGAUUUAAUAGUGCAAUUCGCGUGCGUGAAUCGUAUGCCGUGUGACCGUGGACCAAGGUGUGAAUGGCCCCCUUCUUCACGAGGGGGAGAGGGGGGGGGAUCGAUUAAUUAUUUCAUCUAGAGCAUUCGUGGGGUUGGGCUGGCGUUUAAACGAGGAUGAAAUAUCGUUUGGCUUCCGUUGGGUGUGAGUGUUAACAAAUUUUUAAUACGAUUCGUCAUCGAGGCUAUACAUUAUGUCAGCUCUCGGAGGCCCUGCCGAGAACGUUGAAACUUGCGGAGAGUCCUUUCGCGAACGCGGCGGUACUAACUUCCCGCUCGCUGCGGCGACAGGUCCGUUUAACUUCUGUCGCCGUAAACGCGGACCCGUGCCGGCUUCCUGCACACGCGUAUCAUUUCGUAAGGAAGACUCGCGUCGGUUCCGAGACUGAUGUUACACACGCAGGCUUCUCUUGCGUCUCCUUUCCUAUUUUAUUUUCUGUUAUUUUAUAAAAAGUGACGAAGGAAUAGUUUAUCAGUUGGAGUUCCGAUUCCACACGGGAGAAUUGAUUUGCGAACAAAGAGGCAGAUUGCGUAUAAUGGAUCAAAUUUAACGAUGCAAUUUUAUCGUUUAACUCUUGGAUGCGUGGGAGCAUGGGGCUUUGAGACCUUUUCCUUAUUUAAAGGAUUUGAAACUUAUCCCGCCGAGGGACCGCACAUCCAAGGGUUGAAAAGCUCAACCGUACUGCGAUGCGUUAGGCAUUGAUCGUCGAUCGCGUGUUACGCGUUUUAAUCAGUCCUAUGCAUUUCGAAGCGACACGUUUUGUUUCCAACUUACGCAUGGUGGGCAGAGAGCAAUAUUUCGGGCGGCGAUUGUGUAACUAGCGCGCCGCGCUUCCACGACGUGUGUCGUUGCCCCUUGGUUUUAUUUUCCCUUCAACGGUGAUAGCGUCCACGAUCGGUGCGCCGAUCGUCGAUUAGCAGAGAGUAACUUUCCGCUUUGUAUGUAUCUUCUCGUAAAUCCGUGACACGUAAUGUCGAACCUGAUUUAUCGUCAAACGUUCCUGCAAGAUAGUCAAAGCGUCCACCGUGUAGUAAACCGACAUAAAUGUGUAAAUUAAACGUACGGUACUAUGAUUUUUUUUUUAAUAGCGUAUUAGCAUACUUAGGAGAAGUAGAGAACGAUAUAACUGCGAUUAUUAUUUAUUGAUCGACUUAGUAUUUAUUUUCUUACGUUUCGGAAGGUAAACAGUAAAUGUGUCUUCUGUACUGUACACGUUCUUUUCGUCUCAUGUUUGGUCCUCUGAAGUAUAUCGGACGAGCAGCCUUAGGGGGAGGGGAAAAAACACUUUACGGAUUAAUUUAAAGAGUAUAGUGCGAGGAAAGAAGCAAGGGGAGAGGGUUGGGGUGGGAGAAGCGGGAACGAGAGAGGCAUUAAAAGAGGGAAGAGGGGAAAAAUAAAAGAAAGGAGAUAAAAAAGCGGCGUUGAGACUGUGACUGCAAUCAUUAUCGAGGGGGAAUUCCGCAGAGGAACACAUUGCACAUUGCAUAUGAAAUGUAAAACGCGAAUGCCGCGCGUGCGACACACAUACUACGCUGAGCGAGAGGAAAGGGGGAGGAGGGCCGGUGAACGCCGGCGAGUCGCGGCGAAAAUUGUUCACGUGCGAGUAGUCUUGUAUUUUUUAUUAUUUUACAUUAAGCGCGCGUGUCGAUCGGGCGAUUUCCGACGACGCUUGUCGAGAGGAGAGAUUGGCGCGCGUUUACUCCCCUGCGUUCUCCACCCUCCGCGAUCCCCGUCGGGGACCAGAGCGCGGACUCUCGCGGAGGGUGAGAGAGUGAGACAGAGAGAGAGAGAGAGAGAGAGAAAAAGAAUCGCGCGUCCGUUCCUCCGGAGGAGCGCCAGCGAGAGGUGGGAUGGCAAAAGAAACGUCUUCUAACUUGUUCCGAGCGUUUUUUCGAUUUGGUAUCGAGGACGCGUGUCGUGCGCAUGUAACCAUGGAUUGGGCAAUGCGAAAGAGGACGCAAAAAAGAAGAGAGAGAGAGAGAGAGAGGAAAAUUUCAAUUCGCUGCGUGCGGUCGAAAAGGGGUUGCGACCCUGGCGGAGGAGGCGACAUGCGUGCGACAUGACGCGUCGCGCGACACUCCUCACGCGUUAUUUAACUUGUAACCGUAAUGAUACUGCUAUUCACUUCACUCGCAUGUCCGUGCGGGAGGGGUGUCUUUGAACGGAACGGUUAACGUACCAUUCUGUCGGUCUCUUAUUUAAUAAUUUGCACAUUUACACGCGCUAAUGUAGAGGCGAAACCGAAUAUGCGAACAAAGAUAACCGAAAAUGUUCCGAUGAACUGUUACACGGCUAUACACAGGGCUGUUGAGCAGUCGGGGCAAAAUUGAGGGAGUGAUUCUGCGUGAUAAAAUAAGGAGCAAGUGUGACGAAAUUGCGGCGGAGGCUUCGUUUCUUUAGUUAUAAAUGUUUCGACUCUUCGCGAAUUGUCAGACACUUGUAAUUGAGAGACGAAGGCCUCCACCGUGAUUUUGUUGCACUUGAUUUUCGUCUCAUUUCAUAUCGUGUAGAAUCAUCCCUUAAAUUUUGUCCCACCUGUUGCCUAACACCCUGUAUAUGUAUAUGUAUAUUAUAUUAUAUUAUAUUGCAUACUGUAUGCAUAUACAUGUACAUUGAACGAAUUGGAAUAAUUGGAUAAAAGGAGAGUGUCUCUAAGACGGGAUAGGGAGAAGAGAAAUUGAUGAAGGAGGAAGAAUGAAGGGGUUCAUCAGCAUGCGUCGUAUAUUUAUUCUUCAUUAGCAAUAAAUCUCCCUGCGCGCGUUUCUCUUUUCUUUUUCUUCCUCCGUUUCUUCGAUUCCUCUUUCCUUCACUUUCUCAGCGUUCUAGACGCUCUUCCGUACACGUACUUCUUGCGUGUGUAGGCAUAUAUAAACGUAUGCUCGUGAAGAAUUGAUGUAGAGUGUCAAUAUUGUUACAAAAUACCUCAUACGGGACGAUCACAUAUUAAUUCGAUGUUCUUUCAUUCGGUGAAUUUUCCGUUUAUUUAUAGUAUUAUGCGAAGAGAAGGAAGAGAGAGUGACAGGAGACUUCUACAAAAAUAAAUAUAAUAAAGAUUACAAAAGGA